AUGUUCAAGGUUGGAAUUAGAGCUGUGCGCUUCAACUCAACGCUGGUAGGAAUGACCUGGCAGCAAUAUCUUGCAUUGAAGAAGCAAAACAGUCGGAUCAAUACUGUCAUGUCUGCAUUCACCGCAGCUGGAGGAGCUUUGGCAACGUUGAGUUACAUGGGUAACCUUGAAAUUGACCCUGAAAAAACAAUCUUUGGUAUUGAUCCGCUUAUGUUUGUCGUUGGUGCGGUUUUGGCCGGAGGAUUUGGAGGGUUUUUGGCGGGACCGGUGAUUGGAAACCCAGUUUUCAGAUUGAUGAAUCGUAAUCAGUUGGCCCAAUUUCGUACCAGAGAUCACCAGUUUCUUGAGCGGAUUAAGCUGAGGAGAGUAGAUCCUUCGUCGCAGUCGAUGUCCAACCCAGUUCCUGAUUACUAUGGCGAAAGAAUAUAUUCGUUGGCAGACUACAAGCAAUGGUUACGGGACUGCAAUGCAUUCAAGAGAAAGGCCAAGGAGUUUCUUUAG